AGUGCUUCAGCGUUGAGCUUUGAUGCAGAAAAAUGGAAGCAGUUCCUCGCUUGCCUAUGCUCAAGCUUGAGCACAAGGCAUGCAUUGAUCAGCCCGUCUUCUCUAUAGCAUUAAAAAAGUACAUUCGGGAGCAUUACAAUGAAGAUCCCAGCUCAUACACCAGCGAGAUACAGGAGUUGGAGCAACUCCGUUCAAGCAUCACUUUUGCUCGACGUGACUUUGAAUACUGCAAUUCACUGCGGAAAUAUUUUUGCCAACUACGCUUCCUACUCUCACGCUUUCCCAUCAGCCAGCCUGAAACUGACAGUCUCAAUAUCACAUUCUAUUGGAAGGAUUUGUAUUCAGCCACUGUCCAUGAGGUGGCUGACAUUAGGUAUGAACAAGCAUCUAUACUUUACAACAUUGCAGUGUACCACAUGACAGAAGGUGCUGCUGAGAAUAGAAGCACUCCAGAUGGUAUGAAGAUAUCUUGCACACAUUUCCAGUGUGCUGCCUGGGCUUUUCAGCAUCUACGUGAGAAUUUUCUUCAAAGCAGUGACUGUGACCUCAGUCCUCAGCUCAUGUCCCUCUUGCACACCAUAGCUCUUGCCCAGGCUCAGGAAUGCAUUCUAGAGAAGAGUAUCUCUGACAAUAGAAAACCUAAUAUUAUUGCCAGGGUAGCCAUGCAAGUGGUGGAAUACCUGAGUGGAGUUGUGCGUGUCCUGGAGAGCAAGAGCAGCCCAGUCCAUGACAUCAUUGGUAGCAGGAGAGUCAAAACUUGGCUGCGGUACUGUCAGCUGAAGCAAGUGUACUACCACAGUGUUACUCAACUUUAUCUUGGACUGCAAGCCGAAGAAUUGCAGAAGAUGGGCGAGCGUCUGGCGUUUUUUAAAGAUGCCAACAGUAGACUUGCUGCAGCAGCCAAACUUGCCAAAAACAUGGACGAUGAAGAGGCAAUUCGUGAAUGCCUGAACUUUAGCCAUGAUGUCAUGGGGGGCAAGCUCAGCGCUGCUCAGAAAGAAAACGAGUUUGUCUUCCACGAGAAGGUGCCUGAUAUAUCGAGCCUACCUGAGGUGAAGGGUGCCUCUUUAGUGAAAGAAAUCCCAUUCUCAAUGACUGAUCCUGACAUCAGCGGACCUGACAUAUUCAGGAACCUUAUCCCCAUUGAAGCUCACCAAGCAUCAUCUCUCUACAGUGAAGAAAAAGCGUCUUUGCUGCGAAGUCUCGGUGCUCGGCUGCAGGAGAAGAACGAUGAACUGGAGGCAUUCCUUGCCAGCCUGCAGCUCGAGGACCUCCUUCUUGAUGAAGAUCCUGACGCUCUUCCUCAGGAACUUGUUUCCGCGUGCGCGGACAUGAACGCUCGCGAUGCGCUCCGGGAGCUCACGGAGGUCAUGCAAAAAGUUUCCUCGGCUCAUCUCACCAUCGCAGACAUGCUUGACCGGCAGGAAGCUUUGCUCGAGGAAGAAGAUAACCGCGCUGCAGAGUUCAGGACCAUCGUAGGUGACAAGAAGGCCCCCACGAACGUGUUGUCGGAGCUGCGUCGUGAGGGAGACAAGUGUCGCAGUGCCCUCAUGGCCGCCAACGACAGCAACGUGGCGCUGCACGCCGCUGUGGUGCAACACCGACCUACACUCACGACCCUGUCUCAACCUCUGCAGCGCGUCGCUAGCUCCUUGCCUUCAGUCGCUGCUGCCAUUACUCAACAGUCCGGUGAGAGUGGGAAGGAGGCUAAGCUGCAGAUAGAGCGUUUGAUGAAGAAAGUUGAGGAGAUGCAGCAGCAGCGCUGGAGCGUCGAGAAGCAACUACGCCAGAACCUCAUGGAGGAUGACAUCACUGGAACGCUUGUCACCGCUGACGCCGACAUGGCUGACAUUUUUAAAGAGCAUCUCCAAAAACACAACAAAGAGCUGGAGAUCCUGGAGAAGAACAUGCUGGCGCAGAACAAUAUCCUGAAGGCGCUGUCGGAGGCGAACGCAGCAUACGCGAGCACACGACGCGCGAUGAAGCAGACGAUGGCGGCGAGGCAGGCUGCCGUGGCCGCUCUCGUCCAGGCUCAUGCUUCAUUCACCUCCAUACUCGACAAAGCCAAGGAUGCCAAUCUCUUCUAUGAGAAACUCAACACUCAGGUUACUAAGCUGCUCAAGCGAACUGAAAGUCUCUUGAGCGUACAAGAAGAGGAAAGAACAAGCCGCCUUAAAGCCCAGGCAAAGAAGUUCUCUUCCACGCGACCUCAAGCAGCAGCAAUAAGUCAUGCGCCUUCUGCCAAGAAUGCGAUCAACUUCCCCACCCACGCUCCCCAUGCUCCUAUCCAGGGAGGUGACGAUCUUGCAUCUUAUGCUGGCAGCGGUCCCAAGUUGAAAGACGUCCUUAUGGCGAGUGGAGGAUACAAAGGACUUGGGUCCACUGUCCUGCCUGGGCAACCUUCCCCACAGCACGGAGGUUCAGCUUUCUCCCCCGCGAGCACUGGAUACCGCGUUGAUGUCUCUAGUGCUGCAGCGCUUGCUGCAAUGGCAUCAGCAACUACUGCUGCUGCUUCUAGUAACACUGGGCACACUUCCAUGGGGGCUACUCCGAGUAAUAUUAGGGAUUCGGGUUAUUCAAAUGAGAAUCAAGUUGCUGCUCAGUCUUCUUAUUUGCAGUCAUCCUCUCAAGUUCCUGGUGCCCAUUUCCAAACUCCAGCCUAUUCUUCUCAAGUGCCUGGAGGCUAUUCUCAGCCUUCAGCUGCGGUUAGUUAUGGCAGUUCUGUCGGAUAUCCAUGUUAUCCUCCAUCAGCUCCCUCUCCAGCUCCACAGCUGCCAUCUUCUCAUUUUUUAGCCGCAGUAAGCACUACUGGUAACACCCCUGUUUUAACUUCAUACCAAUCUUCCCAGUAUGCUGCUGCUGCUGCUCAGCACGCCGCAGCAGCUGGUGCACCUUCGUAUACUUCUCCUGCCACUACGGAAUAUUUUGCCUCUAAUUACACUACCGAUCCAUCAUUGUCUUCAAAACCGACCACUGCUACGCAUCCCUGUGCUACUGUGCCUUCUGCAGCUACAUAUCAGGCGUCUUCUGGGCCAAACACUUACCACACACAAGCAAAUUCUAGUUAUCUGGCGUCCAGUAUUGCUUCACCGUAUUAUUCCGCAAGCGCUUAUGGACAGCAAGUUGGCGCAAAUUUAGCAGCUGCUUCUAUACAGGUAACUCCAGUGACUGCUAGCGGGCAACAUCCUCAGACGAACAGCAUUCCUUCGUCGAUUACGAAUGAAGUUGCAGCAGCGAGUGGCACUAUUCCUAUUGCCACUAGUGGUUCUCACAUUCCUGCUCAAGGUUAUUAUUACAAUCAGCCAUAUGCGAGUGGAUUUACUCAGCCUCACGUCACUAGCUCUUCAGUGACUGGACAGCAGUUCCCUGCGAACGCGACUACACCAUAUGCCAGUGAGACACGUGCGAGCGUCCCUUUUACUACAUCACAAGUUUAUCCGGCACCUACAACCACUCUGGCUCAAUCUAACCCUAUAAAUGUGACAGGCAAUCAAUCAUCAUUACCUACAAAUCUGGCGUACCCAGCUGCUAUGGCGUCAUAUGCUACGCCUCAGCCAAACGUCUCAACUGUAGCUAGUUCAUCCUCAGCAAUACCUUCAAUGAAUUACGGAUCAGAUGGCAAAAACUUGGCUGCGGCUGGCCAAACUUCCUACCCAGGAUUUGCUCCAGGUUCAAGUACUAGUCAGCUGCAACCUCCGUAUGGCUCCUCUGCUCUUCAGUACCAGAGUGGCUCUUAUCAGGCCGAGCAUGCGUAUCAUACGCCGCAACAUCUCAUUUCUCCUUUCACGCCAAAUCAAUACCCAUCUGGCUCAGGAACUUACACUCCAAGUAUGUCAAUUGCUUCUAGCCUGAAAUCGUCUGUGCCCUACCACGUCCAAAGUAACACGUAUUAUUCAACUACUGCGUCAGCUACCUCUUCCGGCACAACUGUUGUGAACUCCAGCGAUGCAAUAGACGGUCGUUCACCAUACCGCCAUGCCAGUGCAACACCAGCAGUUCCGUCUUAUUUCUACGCCUGCGCUGGAGCUGGUGCUCCAAGCAGCAUGACUCCUUCAUCAACUGGGUCACCCCUACCAUCAGCUGGUUUUGGAGUCAAGGAGAACGGUGUAGCUGGUACUUCUACCACCCAGCCAUACCCGGCGUACCCAGCGUAUGCAAGUCAUCAGUACAGUGCUGGCGUUUAUCCUGUCCAACAACAACAAAUGAAUUAUCCUGGCCAGACACUGUACUCACAGACGUCGCAGCUGCCAUCAGGUCCAUCACAAACAAGCCAGCAAGCUCCAUUACCUGCAGUCACGAAGCCAUCAGAUGCUGCUCCUGCAAGCAAAGGAAUUUCGAAUCUCGAUUUACUCUCAGGCAUUGAAUUGGCGGGCCCCAGCUCUAUGUGGACACCACUCACUCCUAAGAGGUCUCAAGAUACUGUAACGGAGAAUUCUACUUCGUCGUCAGUCGUGACGACGGACGCAACUGUGCCAAUAACUUCAGUCGAGAGUGAAGUCUCGUCCUCGGCUAAGGAAGGAUGCCACUCGAGCGUCACUGAUGACGCAGAGUCUUCUGUCAGUAAAACAGACGCUAUCUCGAAUGCUGAAUCAGUGUCUGUUAAUGGAAGUGCUGAAAAGGUAGUGGUGCCGGAUAAGGGCUGCACGGACGCAAUUUCUACCAGUAAAGAAACAAUUUCCAUCUCCACCGCCGCCUUAAACAUGGCAGCUCUCGCGCAGAGCAAGAAAGCAGCGCCACCACAAGACCCCUUGGACGACGCUGGCACGCUGGCGGCUCUUACGUCAGACACAGAGCGCCUCCACAAAACUGUAGAGACGCUCGAGCGACGCAGUCUGAACGGCCCCACCAACCUGGAGGUGAAGUGGCGUGAGAUCCAAGAAGCCGUCGAGGCACGUUGCAAGAAAUCUACCGUCUCUGUUAGUCGAUGUUAUCCUCUCAAGAAUAGAUUCCCGGACAUUCUGCCUUACGACCACAGCCGCGUUGUACUCACCGAUGCUUAUGAUGACUACAUCAAUGCCUCGCAUGUGCAGCUGCGUGGAAGCCAUAGCUUCCCUGUGGUGGUCAGCCAAGCACCCACGCCCGCCACCGCAGCAGACUACUGGCUGAUGGUGUGGCAGCUGCAGACCGAACUCAUCGUGUGUCUUCAUACUUUACCUGAGAUCAAAAACGCGUCCUACUGGCCUGAGAGUCGCGGCACGCAACAGUACGGCGACAUGUCGGUACGAGAGCACAACAGCGGUGAAGGUGGUGGAGGGGCUUGGGUGCAACGACUCUUCCACCUCACCCGUACUUCCAACUCUGGAUCAUCCUCCUCUACUCGCGCUGUUAUUCAUCUCCAGUUCUUACGGUGGCCACCUGGCGGCAUGCCGAGCCACCCAAGUCCUGUACUGCAGCUGUGCAGUGAGGCGCUCUCGCUGCACAGGCAGCAGCGCGUACGGCAGCGCCCUGUGCUCUACACCUGCGUGCCAGGCGUCGGCCGCUCCUGUGUCGCCGCUCUUCUUACGGUCUUCCUCAACCAUCUACAUUCUGCCGGGAGCGUGUGUGACCUGCAGAGUUUGUGUGAGGACGCGUGCGUGGCUCGUCGUGGUGGCCUGCAAGACAAAGACUACCUCGCCUUCCUGUACUCUGCUGCACUCUACGCCGCCCAGGAACUGCUUAUGAAACGAGGAAUUUUAACAAAUAAAGCUACGUUUGAUGAAGGACCCAUCGAAAAAGGACAUCGUCAGCACGUACGCCAUCCGUCCGCCGAUCUGCUUGCUGCGAACUGCGACUUUAACCGCCUUAAAUCGAAACUUGGUCUCGGCGAGACAGAGGAUAAGGUUGGAAAUCCCACAACCGACCAAGAAAAUGAUGCUGCCAGCAAUGGAAACGGCGCUACCACCGAGAAAAAUGAAACAAGCCGUCCUAAGUCAGCCUCGCCCGCUUUAUCUAUUCCUUCUAUGGUGGGAGUCUCGCUGCCUCCGAACUUGGCUGCGAGUUUGGAUCCUCAGCAGCUUAAAAUAGAACCUGUCGCUCCCGGCAAAGGCGCUAAGAUCACCAAGGAAAGUUUCGAGCGGCCGCCACAGGCUGGUCUUGCCGGACGCGCGCAGGAUCCUGACGAUCCUCUCAGCUCACUCGACCCGCUCUGGACUCUCAAAAAGUCUGAGUGAACAUGAAUACAGCUUCAUAAUUAUUAACUUCUUGUCCAGUUAAUGAAUUGUGUUGCGACCGAGGCUCCUCCAUUCUUGACGUGUGACGGUGUGGGUCACGAACGAAUCAAGGCUGCAGCCUGAAUUUUAGUUAUCAAUCCCCGUUUGAAGAUGAAGUUGAUUGGUUGUCAUGCCAGACAGAGAACUAAAAGUGAUUGCAAUACAGUUUUCGGAAAUGCGCUUUAAUUUAAAAUAUAUGAGACUUAUUUAGGGAAACAUGUUCGUGUCACAUAUGCUGUAGAAGUGUUAUUUCUGCGUGCUAACUAUAUUUCUUGCAGUCGCGUGGUUCAAUAUAUGUAGAAUGUGCUGCGACUUCAUGAUCAAUUGCGUCAAUUGAUAGCAAAGCUGCAAAAGCCACGCAAUUGUGAUCGACCCUCGUCGUGAUUUUGAUUUCGUUUCAAAGAACAAUUGCAUAAGAAAAUAAGCGAAAAUAAAUGAUUCUAUACUUAUUUUUUUGCCAUGAAGCGACUUAUUUUGCUUGGUAUAAAGUUAGGAUAAAAAUGCUCAUAGGAAAAAAUAUAUUCCUUUCACUAUAAUUUUCAGUGAUUGAAUUGGUGUGUGUGUUUUUUUUCUGCUGUUAACUACAGAGUAUACAGACCGCGCAUCAAAUUAGGCAUCAACUUCGACCGUUAUUCCUAAUUGGUAUAUUGUGUCAAGCGUACCAGGUCUGGUAUUCUAACAACUUGUGGUAAUUUCUUUUAAAAACUUGAAAGUUUGUGGAUGCGAUAUGUAUUAGUGGAUUUCGGUGCUUCGGCAAUGCAGUGGUUAGCAUCGCUAUGGUUAGUUUGCCAGGUGCACUGGACCGAAGCUCAGCAGGCUAUGGUUUUAAUACUGAAGUUACGUGCCUGGGCUGCGAAUUCUAGUGUUGAGUAUCGAUCCUGAGGUUGUAGCUUUGUCGACAAGUGGCCUUGUUUGUUCUAGAUGGUAACGAGUCCGUGUAGAAUUUAACGAUUUCUUAGACUAAAUUUACUAGUGAGGUGUGUGAAGAAAUUAUUUGGCAGGUCAAUAUGAAUCAUUCCUUUUACUACGUAAGUUAGCAUGUUCAAUUUCUUAUUUCAAGUGCAACCGAGCAUGAUCCCCGCCAUCGAGCUCGGUUAGUAGAAACAUUGUUAUAAAAUUCCUUUGAUCCUCAUCUAUUUUAUAUGUUUUACUUGACUAUUCACCGUUCUCUUGAAAUGGAUCCUGUAUUUCUGGAGAUGAAGGCUGUAAUUUCAUGAGAUUAAGUCGUUUCGGCGUGCCAAUGUUUAGUGUUGUAUUAGCGCCAGAUGUUUGUGAACUAAUGAUCGAUGGGUGCGAUCGAACAAAGCAUUAUUUCGAUAUUGCUGCGUUAAAAGACUCUUUCUUUACUAGUUUCAUGCUUCAUAACUUGGCUCUAAAGCUUCAACUAUGAAAUAUACCUGACAAAUUUUCGAGCUUUACACGAUUGACGCUGUCGAGUCCAAUCGUUGGCGCAGCGGGUGCAGUUUUUCAUUGGUAGUUUCAUUCCCUACGUAAUCGUUUAUUCUGAAUAGAUUCUUUUAUUAAUUACUCCUCUCAUUAAAGUUUAUUAUUCAGAUUUUCCUAUAUUUCCUCUAGUUACUAGGCGUCGUAUUUGAGAUAUAAAAUCCUCGUUAUUGAUAUGUAUCCAUUUAGUUCGAUUGUUCCGUAUUUUAAAACCCGUAAUGCAUUUCUUUUUACCCUUGUCUUUAAUUGUAUUCAUAUUUCCUACGCAGUGUACUCUUAUUUAAUCACUCCUUAUAGUUCGUACUAAAAUGUAAGGAUUUGCGGCAGCAUGAAUAAUCGUGCUUGAUUUUGUAUCGCUUGAGUUUCCACGAUCCUGGAGCACCAAGUAGAAAUGCUGUUUUUUAGUUAAAAGUAAGUUAUUCUUCGCGCUUAAUUCCGUAUAGCGUUGUCUAUAUUAAUUUUAGUAACUCAGAUGAAAGGGCUCGGAUUUCUUGUGAAAACUUCACUUUACGUCUCUAAACGACAAACGUGAUUAUUUAAUUUCUUUCAUCGUAUCAUGACACUGGUACGAUGUCGGAGUCAUCGUCGUUUGUCUUUAAUAAGCUUCUCAAUUUGACAACAUUUAACCGUCUCGGUUCUAUGAAUUUAUCUUCAUGGAAAUCGGUAUUUGCUACAGCCUAUCCUACAAAUAUGAAACGAUUUCAAACGGUAUUUCUAAAUUAAUUCAUGAAGAAAUCCUUGCACAUUCAUAACUUGCUUUAUACAAAGCAAAUAUUAAUACUACAUACCUUCUUUCAUAUAACUGAAUAAUCUAAAAUGCAAAAAACAAACGAGUAUGAAGUAAAAAUGCUGCUGAUACGGAAA